UUCGUGGGGAGGGAGAGAGGGUGAGGGAGAGAGAGAGAGAAAGACAUAGAGAUGAGUUUGAUGAGUCCUUAUGAGAAGGUUUUAAGUUUCGAAUCCCCAAGCUUCAUUGAAUGGCUUAAACCUCCAUCUUCUACUUCUUCUCAAUCUAUGUUAUAUCGUAUGAAGACAAGAGAUGCUAUAUCAAGAUCAAAUCACCACCAGAGUCAGAUGAACAUGUUGGAACCACUCAACACGUCUAUUCAAUGCUUGCCUCUUCUAAACAAGCUCAUGGAAAAUAAGAGUCGUCAAGCCUUGGAUGAUAUUAAAGAAGAGAAUAAGGAUGAUGUGGUUACUCUCCAAAUCGGAUUUCCUAAAUAUCACCGUGGUAGCUCGGAUGAUGACUCUGAUACAACUUUCGAUCAUCAGAAGAAACCCAUCAAGAGAGAGAUAAUAGAAGAUGGUGUGGUGAUGAUGAAGAAGAGGAGGAAGAUGAAGUUUGAUGAGGAGAUAACUGAUUCUGAUGUGGAAGUAUGUGGGAAGAGGUUUUGGAUACCAAGUCCGGCUCAGAUUCAUGUCGGUCCAAUGCAAUUUGCUUGCUCUAUUUGCAGCAAAACAUUCAAUAGGUACAAUAACAUGCAGAUGCAUAUGUGGGGACAUGGAUCUGAGUUCAGAAAAGGGGCUGACUCCUUGAAGGGCACAACACAACCUGCAGCCAUCCUGCGGUUGCCAUGCUAUUGCUGUGCGGAGGGAUGCAAGAACAACAUCAACCAUCCGCGGUCCAAGCCCUUGAAGGAUUUCCGUACACUUCAGACACAUUACAAACGUAAGCAUGGCUCCAAGCCCUUUUCUUGCGGCAAAUGUGGCAAAGCGUUGGCUGUGAAAGGCGACUGGAGGACCCAUGAGAAAAACUGCGGAAAGCUUUGGUAUUGUACAUGUGGAUCAGAUUUCAAGCACAAGAGGUCUCUCAAGGACCACAUCAGGUCCUUUGGCAGUGGACAUUCUCCUCUCCCGUCUCUUUCGUUUGACGGUUUUGAGGAGGAUACAGAAUGUGUCACCACAGAGUGAGAGUGAUGUUAGAUACACCGGGGAGACUGUGGAAUCAUCGAUUGACCGGUAAGAUCCGAAUUUUCUAAUGUUGCUUCAAAACUAUGGACCACAAAAACACCUCAAGUCUACCAAAGAAUUUCUAUCUUGAAAAGGGAGAAAUUCUUUGUUAGACUCGAUAUCAAAAUAUAGAAAUUUACAACAU